AUGGGAGGAAAUGUGAAUAUCUUCGGGGAAUAUUGUGGCGGAGAAAUAUUCUGGAAUUCCUCAAACGUGCUAAAACAACAACCUGAGUUUUCAACAUGCUUCCUAAACACAGUACUCGUUUGGGUUCCUUGUGGGUUUCUGUGGAUUGUGUUUCCUUUGUUUAUCUGGAGUAUAUGUACGAAGAGAAAUGUUAAACCGCUGCCACUGUCCAAACUGAAUGUAUCUAAAGGGGUAAUGUCUCUCUUGGCAGCAGUGAUGGUUGGCUUACAGCUUCGUCAUGUUCAUUUUUCGGAUAGGGGGUGUGCGGGGAUGAAAGCGUCUGUGGCAUUCAACACGGCGUGCGGUAUCAAGAUUGCUACUUUUUUAUUAUCCAUUGUCUUGCAACAGUUUCAGCGACUCAAGGGAAUUAAAACAUCAGGAGUUCCGUUAGCUUUCUGGGCAAUCCUUGUAGCAUCAGAGAUACCUACACUUUAUACAAAUAUUACAAACCAGGGAAAGGAUGCCUGCCUCCCAACUUUUGAGUACUAUGUCUUCUUCCUGUUCAUAGUCGUGCAGUUUGUGCUCCACUGCUUUGCUGAGAACUACAAACAUUCCGAGAACACUGAAAAAUCAGUUAAGAAUGCAUGUCCAGAGGAAAAUGCGUCAGUGUUCAAUCACCUGCUGUAUGAAUGGUUUACACCUGUGGUUCACGCGGUAUACAAAAAGACCUUUGACAUCAAGACGUUUUGGAGCCUGCCUUGUAGACUGAAGAAUGAAACUGUUGGACCUGUUCUAGAGAAAGCUUGGGAUAAUGAGGUCACUUACUGUGCAAAAGCUAGGUAUAUUAUACAACUGAUAGAGGACAACGAUUCUGGAGCAGACAGUCCGACGUGGAUUGGGUAUUUUUACUGUUUGGCCCUUGUUUUGUUUACGUCUGGAAGUACAGUCUAUCACCACACAUCUUUUACCCACAUGCUUGUAUUAGGACUAAAUGUAAAAAGCGCACUUAUGGCUCUUAUAUACAGAAAGGCAGUAAGAAUGAAGACAUCUGGAAACCAGACCACAGCUGUGGGAGAGGUUGUGAACCACAUGUCUGUAGAUUGUCAGCGUAUACAAGACGCUUUCACAUUUUCGGGCUAUUCAGUACUUUUGGUGGUGAUAACAACAUUUACAGUUUUGCAGCUAUGGGGGCUCAUGGGUAUAGCUGCUGCAGGGAGUCUGGUCGUGAUUCUGGUUGUCCUGCCAGUAGUAGGGUUCAUUGGAAUCCAACAAUAUAAGCUGCAGAAAGAGUUGCUGAAUUUGAAAGGAUCAAGAAUAAAAAUAUUGAAUGAAGUCAUCAACGGAAUUAAGGUUUUAAAAAUGUAUGCCUGGGAAACCUCGUUUAUAAACAGAAUUGAGAGUAUCCGCUCUAAAGAAGUUACGAAGCUAUGGAAGUAUGCGUGGCUGUCCGCAAUAUCGGUUGUGUUGUCCAUGCAUACUCCUUUUAUGAUGACCUUCACCUUGAUAGCUAUCUAUGUUUCAACAUCUCCGACUCACUCCCUUCAACCGCGGGAAACAUUUACAGCUGUUACUAUUGUGAAUGUUAUCAAAUUUGCAAUAUCUCUUUUCCCUUCGUUGGUCAAUGGCCUGGUACAGGCAUAUGCUUCAAUCGGAAGAAUUCAGGCCUUCUUGCGCACACCGGAUAUAAAUGAAAACAAUGUCCAGGAAAUAAAGCAAGCAGAGUUUGCCAUUUCAAUAGAGGAUGGAGAUUUUGCAUGGAAAGAGGACCGAGCACAGAUGAUUUUGAAAGACAUAAACCUGCAGGUAAAUGACGGUGAAUUGCUGGCAGUUGUUGGACAGGUAGGAAGUGGGAAGUCAUCGUUAAUCUCCGCAAUUCUUGGGGAAAUGGAACGCUACAAUGGAAGUGUGAAAACGAAGGGAUCGACAGCCUACGUUCCACAAGCGGCGUGGAUACAAAAUAUGAAGUUGAAAGACAAUAUCUUGUUUGGCAAAGAAUAUAGACAAAAGAAAUAUCUUAAGGUGAUUGACGCAUGUGCACUUGGACCUGAUCUUCAAAUUCUUCCUGGAGGAGAUGAAACAGAAAUAGGAGAAAGGGGUAUCAACGUUAGCGGGGGCCAAAAACAGCGGAUAAGUCUUGCAAGAGCAGUGUACAAUAACGCGGAUAUAUAUCUUCUGGAUGAUCCGCUAAGUGCUGUGGACUCACACGUUGGCAAAGAUCUAUUCGAUAAAGUUAUUGGCAACACAGGCUUGCUCAAGAAUAAGACGCGAGUUCUGGUUACCCAUGGAUUGCAUUGGCUGCCCAUGGUUGAUAGAAUUGUUGUUCUCGUUGAUGGUCGGAUCUCAGAGAUUGGGUCCUAUGCUGAACUAAUGAGUCACGACGGACCUUUCGCACAGUUGCUUCAUCAAUAUAUGCAAGACGAGAAUGAAAAUGAAGAUACUGAUGCGGAAUUUGAAGGAUUUAUGGAAAAGAUGCGGCAUGAUUUAGAAGACAUUAAAUCCGAUGGAGGUUUGACGACCGAUGAUGAUAUGUAUGGACGCUGUAAUUGCUGUGUUAAACGGAAAGGGAAACUGAGGAGAAGAGAUGAGUCAUACGAACUGUCUAGAACUGUUGCUAGAACUGUUAGACUGACACAAGAUGAAUUACCAGGAGAUGGGGCAAUUAAACCGUCGGUAUUUUUAAACUUCAUUAAGGCGAUGGGUUUUGCACCAUUUGUAGUGUUUCUCAUUUGCAUGAGUUUGUACCAAGGUCUGAAUUUAUACUCAAAUAUCUGGCUCUCAGUUUGGACACAGACAAACGUUUAUAUGCAGAAUGCCUCCAGUGUCCUAGAAACAGAGACACAUAGAAAUGCAUACAUGUUUUACCUCAUGAUUUACUUGGCACUCGGUAUUCUACAAGGUAUAUUCAUAUACAUCGCGUUUCACUUGGUUCUGACAAGGAUGGCUCGAGCUUCAGGCAAAUUACAUACUAAAAUGUUGGAAAGCGUACUACGGUCUCCGUCGUCUUUCUUUGACACAACUCCAAAUGGGCGUAUUAUGAAUAGAUUCUCAAGCGAUGUGGAUAUAAUAGAUACCAAGCUACCGAACAACUUCAGGUUAUUUUCGCUGAUGACAUUCUCCGUCUUAGCAAUUCUUGUUGUGAUCAGCAUUCUCACACCAGUGUUCAUAGCUAUAAUGGUUGUAGCAGGAAUCAUCUAUGCCCUACUUGUGAGGUACUUUCUACCAACAGUCCGUCUGAUGAGACGACAUGAGUCAGUAAGGAGAUCUCCAAUAUAUAAUCAUUUUAGUGAGACUCUUACGGGAUCAAUGGUGAUAAGGGCGUACAAAUGUGGACAAAGAUUCGCGGAGGAAUUCAGAAGAAGAAUUGACGACAAUAUGAAAUACUACUAUGCAUCUGUCAUAUGCACAAGAUGGAUUGGUAUACGUGUUGAGACGAUCAGUAAUGUGAUCAUACUGGUAACAAACAUCAUGACGAUUGCAUCUGGUCUAAGCGGAUCCGAAGUGGGGUUAUCUGUCUCAUAUGCCACUAUGAUAACAAUCACAAUAAACGUGGCCAUCUUCGCUGUCAGUGAGCUACUGAUGGACACAGUGUCUGUUGAACGGGUAGCUGCAUACACUUCCCUUCCGGCUGAGUUUCAGGCAGAUAAAAUGCCACCACGAAAACAUCCACCAGUCGGUUGGCCACGGACAGGAAAGAUCGAGUUCAAAAACUUUUGGACAAGAUAUCGACAGGGACUCGAUUUGGUUUUAAGAGGCAUAACGUUAACAAUCAGGAGCGGUGAAAAGGUCGGUGUAGUAGGUCGGACUGGUGCAGGCAAAUCUUCUUUGACAUUGAGUAUAUUUCGUAUGUUGGAAGCUACUAGCGGGACUAUUUACAUAGACGGUGUAGAUAUAUCUGAGCUAGAACUAGAUGUACUGAGGAUAAAUCUGACUAUAUUACCGCAGGAUCCUGUUUUGUUUUCGGGCUCUCUUCGUUUUAACCUAGAUCCAUUCGGUUGCUUUGAUGACGACAGUAUCUGGCGUGCCAUCGAAUGUGCUCACCUGAAACAAUUUGUACUGGGAUUGGAAGAUCGUCUGCUACAUGAAUGCGGAGAAGGCGGUCAAAAUCUUAGUAUUGGACAGCGGCAACUUGUUUGUCUGGCUCGCACAUUAUUACACAAAACCAAGGUUCUCAUAUUGGACGAGGCAACGGCUGCUGUUGACAUUGAAACUGACGACCUGAUUCAAGAUACAAUUCGCAAGGAGUUUAAUGAGUGCACGAUACUGACCAUUGCCCACAGGCUUCAUACUGUUAUGGACUAUGACAGGGUUGUAGUAAUGGAUGCCGGGUGCAUUAAAGAAGUUGACGCUCCCCAGUCUUUAUUACAGAAUCCGAACACAAUAUUUCACGGAAUGGCAAAAGAUGCUGGGCUAAUCUAAAGAACUUCACGUUACAAAACUCACGCGAUACAACAUGAUAUUUGUAUAUAACAGUGCCGAUGAUACCUUCAAAUUAUUGCGCCCGACUUAAAGAAGAUACACAUACUUGCAAGUUAUACUGACAGUAAAAUAAGUAGACAAAUUAUUGGUAAUUAAUAUCUCAAAAGACAUGAUAAUAAGUGAUGGUGUAUGCUGAAAUUAUCUUACAUGUUACUGUGUUCCUUUAUUUCGUUUUGUCCUCAAGUGUUUGCUUUGUAUGUGCUUGUGUGUAUCGGUAGUGUGCACAUCUGCGUGCUGUGAGUUUCGUUUUGGGAGGCUGCGUUUCCGGAACGUGGCAUUCCUCGUUUGAUAUGUGUGCUUGUUCUUAUUUUUAUUUAUUUAUUUUUUUUUUUUUUUUGAGAAAAUUCACUUUUCAGUUUUUUAUGAAAGAUCUGGCGAGUAAUAGGAUAGUAUUGUUCCCAAAAGCGUCCAAAGAAAUAUCAAUAUUUCAUUAAUGUUUUCAAUCUAUCUAAUUGAUAUUUUACACUCAAAAAUAUUGGAAUCGUUUCCACAGAAUUUUUUUAGGCACUCGUACAUCAACUUUUUCAAGGAAAAAGCAUGGUAAAGACUUAACCAAUUAGAAUGUUAAACAGUAAAUCACUUUU